AAUGGGAAUGGGGAGCACCGCCGCCGCCGCGCACAUCUGAGUAGGUUUUUUUUUUUUUUUUAAUUUUGGAGAGUUUAUUACAUACGCUGAUCAUCACACACACAGCUUUGCCAUCUCCCACGAAACUCCAGCACCGCGGAUCGCCACGGAGCCCGGCGCAUUUUCUAUUAAAAUGUGAUCGCGUUGUGUUUACUCUGUGGGGAAACGGCGUGAGUCCCGAGCCCGUCGCGGGAGGAUGGACGGACGCUACCUGGGUUCGGGCUUCGCGGAGCGGCGGGCCACAUCAGGCGAGACCGCGGAUUGGGCCUACAGCAACCCGGCUAGCUCCAGUUAUGGUGCGACUCACAUCAACACCGAGCUUCCCCAACGGCAAUCCUAUGCCUCAAGUCAUGCACUCUCUACCUACACCACCUCUCAUCACCCCACAGGUGUGUCUGGUGUCUUUGAUACCAGUCUGCACACCACCGGAGGCAGCACUACUGAAUCAUCAGUCAUGAAUUUCCUCUCUUCCAUUGAAUCCCGAGGCCUUCAGGCUGGACCUGCAGCCACAUCUCUACUUCCCCAGUUCAGGACUUCACCAUGGCAGACUGGCACAAAUUCUUCAACAGAGCGCUUUCUUACUGGAGCUCUCCCGUCUUCUGGAACGUUUCCUACCCUGUCAGCUCUUUCUUCCUACCAGCACCCCAGCACCUUUCCCACUCGGAGUUUUGCCAGCACAUCAGCACUAACUGUUCAGCACAAUACGUUUAGCCCAUCAAAUGGCCUGCUUUCACCUAAUGACCCUAUACUUCAAAUCAAAUCUUCUCAAACCACUGUGCCAACAGCUUUUGCCUUUGACCGCCUGAGUGGUGCUUCCCUGGGUGCUAGCCUCCCAAUCCAGUCAUCCACAUAUCGUUCAGCCCAGGAGUCUGCGCCACAUCUCCUGCAACCACAGUUCAGCCUUCUAUCCUCUCCUUUAAGUAACACUCAGCAGGCUAUCCCACCUUAUGGAGCCCCAGUUUUCUCCAGCUCCAUCGAGCGAGCACUUCAGCGUGAAUGUAGUGUCAUCAAGCACCACCAACGGCCUUCCAGCACCCAGCCAGUCCAGCAGCAGCUGUCUGUCAGUGCACAACACUCUUUGCAUGAUUACCUACCUGAUGAUGCUGAUGUCUCCUACCAGGAUCCUUCUCGACAUACGCCUGUUCCAAAUAGCCCCAAUGGAAUUCCCAGUCAGGCCGCUCAACAGAAGACAGCCACAGUGGAGCUACAGCAAACACAGACACAUUCCUCAUCUGUGCCCUCUUCAGGGUUUUCCUCCACAUGUGGAGGGAAAACCAAGGAUGAGUCUAACAAAACAGCAGAGCAUCAUGGAGAGGGCUCAGAGUUGCAUGAUCAGGCAGCCUCAUCACCCAUGCAGCAACUUAGGUAUACUUCCACAGCACAAAAACAGAGCUCUGCGAUUUCUAGCCAGUCACAUUCAUACACAUCAGCACAGCUUUCCAGUUUGAUGUCCAUAAGCCCUUCACAGACAUACAUUACAUCUCAAAGUCUCAUGAGCAACCUCAGUGAACCACAGGCCUUCUCUCCCAAUCAGCCUGAGAAACUACCUUCUAUAUAUAAAACCUUGCCAUCAUUGGCUACUCAGUCAGAAAACGAGACAUCUGUUAGCCACUCUCUUAUGUACGCUUCUGGCCAAAAGCACAUAAUGUCUUCAGCAGCAAACAGAGAGGAGUACGAUGAGCAGGCACAAAGACUUUGUAUGAGCAAUGCCUCUCACAAUUAUCCUUCCAGUCACUCUCAGAAUCUUUCUACUGUUGUUUAUUAUGCCCAGGGACCAGAAUCUGUUAGUCCCUCUCAGAGCUAUGCAUCAGGUCAGUCUCUCACACCAAGUCCUCCCUUCUCUUCGUCCUAUGCGCACAGUUUACCAUCCAGUAAUUCUACCCAGGAUUACCCCCUAAUGCAGCCAUCUCCAAGCAAGACAGAUGGUAUAUUAUUGCAGCAGACCCAGAAAUACUUGCUGCCUGAUCAGUCAACAUCUUCCACUGCCACUUAUACACAAGCCAUCCAGAAUAACCAGUCCUCAGUGGAACAAAACCCAGCCUAUGGCAAAAGGAAGGAAGAACAGAGUCUGUUCCUUACCCCCAAAGAAAAUUGUGGAGAGCUUCCUAUUCAAGAUGUGCAGGCAUUACAACAGCCUUCAAUAAGUAGUUCUACUCAGACUGUGACAAACGGUGAUGUUGGGGUACAAAGCAAUGUUGUAUAUGUUGUUUCAAAAAUGGAAGACAGACAUGCACAUAGCGUGAUCCGAAGCAACUCUCGAUCCGAAGAUCAGCUAAUAGGUCUUACACCAAUGUCAUCCAUCAAGGAUGAGAGAAUGAGUACUUUGGCUAGUCAGUUGGUAAGCACUGCCCAUUCUCAAGUAACCUCUGGCACAAAAAAUAACUCUGCAUUAAUGCAGUCAUCACAUAUGGCCUUGAGCCAUCAGCUGAAAGAACAUCCUGUGCUUCUCAAAGUUCCCAGUGCUCAGCAAGAAGACCAGCAAAGUCAGAGUAACCGAGGAGAUCAGAGGCAAUUGUCACAGGAACAAGCGCAGUUUGUUCAGCUACCCAGUGCCCAAGUUCUCCUGGAGCCUUCACAGAUGAUCCUUCUUCAGCAACCUUUGCUCCACGCAGGGCCAAAUCAGUCCAAGCCAAUCCAAAUGCAGCCAGUUUCAGUUCAGUUCCUGCAAAUGAAUAAUGAAAUCCUGAAUUCCACAGUCAGUGCAGUUGAGAUUCCUCAGCUUCACCAAACUGUGGAGUCCACAAAGCAACACCUGGUACAAAAAGACAGUUUCAACAGUGCAACAAAUCAGCAUGAUAACAAACAGCACUUUGCCUUAAGUUCUAUCUGCUUCCCCGAUUCCAUGCUGAUGGCAGAUGAGAGGAAUAUUCUGUCCAAUGUGGAUGACAUCCUGGCUGCCACAGCAGCUGCCUGUGGAGUCACACCACAGGACUUUAAAACCUCAUCCUCUGAAGGGGACUUGGCAUCGAUAUCCAGCCCUUCAGACUCCAAGUGCCACUUUGAGUUAGUUAAUAACAAGCAUGAAGCUAAUAGCUUCUCUUCACAGCACAUGAUCUCAAACACACAGGCCAUUACUUUAUCUGUAAAUGGUGGUCAGCUGACAGCAGACAUCCAUAAAGAAAUUGAUGGACACCAAGCAUUUACACCACCAAACUCUCACAUACAGCAAAAUAACUCUAAGCAUGAAAUAUCUGAGAAAGUAACAAAUCAUCACAAGAAAAAUGAGGUAUUACCCAAGGGACUUGCUAGCAAUGAUUCUUCUCUGAAUUCUAAUGGAGGUACUGUAAAUACCUUUACCAACAACCACGCAGACUUUAAUCUAACCUCACAGGAAUAUAACCCCACUAGGUUUGAGAAAACAGACAUCAUAUUAAAAAAUAAGAAUCAGCCCAAAGUAAUGAAGAGUGUUAAGAUGGAGGAAAAGUUUGCAGAAGGUUCCUCUGAUGGUCUUCCUAAGAAGCGAGUCAGGUCAAAAGGCUCUUCCAAGGAAGCUAACGAAGCUGAAAAUGAUCAACCUAAAUCUCAAAAAAGAAGCGGCCAAGUAAAGCGACAGAACUCCAAAGGAAGUGAGACAAGUUCUUCCUCUACCUCUGAGGGCUGUCUUGAUAGCUACCAGCAACAGGAAAGAAUACGGCAAAAAAUAAGAGAGGUAGAAGAAAAACAGCCAGAAGUUAAAACUGGGUUCAUUGGAUCAUUCCUGGACUUUCUUAAAUCUGGACCCAAGCAGCAAUUCUCCUGUCCACCCAUACGGUCUCCCAACCGAACAAGAAAGUCUUCACUUCCCAAAAGACCUUUUAAUCAAUUGCCAGUGCCCCCUAAACCCAUACCCCCAUCAACUCCAAUGGUUUCACCAGACAUCAAUACUGUUAGCUCUACUAAGAGACUGGAUGAGGAGCUUCAGAAGAACUUGGAGACACUUCCAUCUUUCUCCUCAGACGAGGAUGAAUUGGUUGGUAAAAACCAAGACCUUCAAAAAAGCAUUAGUUCUGCACUCUCCUCUCUAGACGAGCCCACAGACAAGCAACAAUCAGACAGCAAAAGUUCAGGUGGCAGCACAAGUCAAGAGCAGUCACCUAGUGUCCAGUCUUCAGAUACAAAGGUAAAUGAGCAGCAGAAGCCUGGGCUAAAUGAAGUGUCAGUGGAGGAACUGGUGAAGAACAUACCUCCAAACAAACUUGCGGUAUGCCUGACCACUGUAGCUAUUGAAGGCCUCACGGAUGAGGAACUGUCGGACAGUGGGGAGGAGGGCAUGUACCGAGAACGUGAUGAGUUUGUGGUGAAAAAUGAGGACAUAGAAAGCCUGCAGGUCAUGCUGAAGGCAGGAAUAGAACCUCCAGCCAUUUGGAAGGUGCAAAAGGCCUUGCUGCAGAAAUUCAUACCUGAGCUGAGAGAUGGAAAAAGAGUGUUUUCAGCUACCAACAGUUAUCUGGGUUACUUUGGAGAUGCUAAGACCAUGUACCGGAGAGUCUACGUCAAGUUUCUCGACACUGUGAACAAGCGGGAGUAUGUGCGAGUCUGCAACAGAAAACCAAGGUGCAAGCCCAUGCAUUCCAUGAGAGGCUCUCAGAAGGCUUUGCUGGCCCAGAGAGCUGCCACACCAGCCGUGUCUGACUCCUCCACUCUGAAAUCCAGCACAAAGCAAAGCCUGUCCAAACCUAAGCCAAAGCAGCCAAAAGCCAAGGCUGAACCUCCACCAAAAAAGAGGAAGAAAUGGAAGGAAGAGUUCACAGACUCAACACACUUGGCUUCUCCAGAAGCUACAGGUGAAGAUGAUGAGUUUACACCUCCGGUCCCGUUUGCCUCCCGCUUCCUCAACACCAGGACAAUGAAGGAAACCUUCAAGAGUUUUGUGGAGCUCCUGAUCAGCGUUGCUCUGGAUGCUGAUGUCAUGAUCACACUGGAGAGAGAGAAUGAUGAACUUCUGCUGCCUCAUAUGAAGAGAGUGGAUGGCAUGAUCACAGACAACAGGAGGAGGCUGCUGCCCAAACUGCGAGUGGGUCAGGUGUUCAAAAAUGCGUUAGACAGCUUUCCCGAGUUGUCAGUGGUGACGGAGCUGAAAACAGACGGAGAGACCCCCACUUUUAAAGUCAGACUGAGUGGGAAGGCGUACAACAGGAAGACCAUGAAACCUGCAAAAUCCUCCAUUAAACUUCCCUUGGAGUACACAGUGGAGCAGCAGAAAACUCAUUGGUUUUCUCUCUAUCAUUCACUGCAGCACUACAAGUAUCACACUUAUCUGAUGUGUAUGGAAGAGAUUACACUGUUGCGCUCACGUGGCAUGGAUCUCGGACAGGAGGAGACUGUGCAGACGUGCAUGGGGAACCGAGCAUGGGUGGAGGGCCUGUUUGACCGAUUCGGAGAACUGCUCACACAGGUGCAGCAGGCCUGCCUUAACCAGACAGAACAGUAGGACAACAAGUGAAUGCAGUUCAUGAGCACUAACUGACAAGAUGGAUAUGGAGACGCACCAGAAACCUGAGAAUCAUGUGAAAACACUGCAAAUACGAUUAAUCAUGAGGAGAGCCACUAAAACAGAGCCGGAGAACCAUCUGAAGACGGAAAGCUCGAAACUAUGUACAGACUUGACAGACAUGAAGAUGCAGGAAAUGGAGAUUCUCAAGAAAUGCUGAACCAUGAAAAGAUGGGAAAACCCUGAGAGGGUGAAGAACCGUGAGGAUAGCUAUUAGAUGAUGGAGAAGGUGGUGGAGAAUCACAAGAUGAUGGAGAACCAGAAACAAACAAAAGGAAGCAUUAAACAAAACAUUUUACACUAUUAGAAUAUGAAAAGAAAUAAAUGUGAAAAAAAAAACAUUGAACCAUGAAAAGGCUGUAAGAUAAUGGAGAACUGAAGCCAAGAAGAUUUAGACCCACAAGAAAAAUUGGGAAUGAUUUUUAUUGAAAAAAAAAAAAUGUAUACAAAGACCAGCAGCAGAACCUCGGUGUCUGUUCUUGGAACCACAGAGACAAUGGAUUUUAAUCAUGUUCUUUUUAAAAAUCAUGUUUUACGUUUUUUAUUAUGAUCUAUUUGGCAAAACUGGACACAGAUGACACAACAGCUGGCUAAUUUUCAUUCUCUGAUGGUUAACGAAUGUGUGGUACAGGGUGAUCUACCUUGAGUUUUUGGAACACUAAUUUUAAAAAGAACAUUUGUAUUUGGAGAAAGAGGGGUGCUAAUGAUUGUAUAAAUAUAUAAAUAUAUAGAUAUAUAUGUAAAAACUUUCUAUAUGACAGUGUACAUUUUGUAAAGAGAGCUCUUUGGAUGGAUUUGACUCUGUGCUUUUAAACUCCUUUUAUAUAACAGAGGUUAUAAAGACGGAGUUGGUGCAAUUCAAAUGCAUCUUUUGUGAUAAUGUUGUAAUAAACAACAUUGGAACUAUUUUCUUGCAAGAAGCUAUAUUUUAUAGUCUCUCAAAACCCUUUAUCAUAAACAGAAAUGUAUUUUUCCACAAAGGAAAUGUUGUUUCCUGAUCAUCUUUGUGGUACACUCUGUUUUAUGAAAGAGAUGCCGGGUGUGUUUAUAUGGCAAAUUUCUAUCCGUGAAGGUGCGACUUAAGAUCACUUCUUUACUGUAGAAUAUUACAAAUUUGCCAGUUUUGCACAGAUUACAAUGCUUUUGCUUUUCAAGUGUAGCUGUGAUACAACAUGCGAGUUUUGUUUUGUUUUUUGAUAUGCGAAAAAUAAAUUUCCUACCAUUGAA